AUGGCUGACAGUUCCUGUAGCGGCUCUACGCCGUUCAAAGGCCUCGUUGACCAUGGGGCCCAAGAUCGAAGUCUGCACCGAGAUCGGUUUUCCAGUACUCCUAGUCUCCAGCAAGGCUUUCGAUCCACAAGUCAAACCGUCUCGGCGCCGGCUCAAGCAGGCUUUGGCGAAUUCCUCGACUCCAACGGGGCUGGGCAAGUCAGCAUAAACACUCCCCAAACUCUCAACUCGCCCGCAUCAAGCUUCCCUCGAGGGUUGCAAUCAUUCCAAUCAUCAGCGGCCCCUGCCAGUCGAAUUAUCCCACCCAACCUCUACCAAUCUACGUCACAAAUUCCGACAGCUUCUCGGCAAAAUGUGUCUAUGGCGUCGCCACCGAGGACAUCGAGUUGGGCACAAGAUUUUGCAUCAUUCUCUAGGGCACCGCCAGGUGCUGGAAACUACACAACAGGGUUUUCUUCUUCGCAAUAUCCAGCGCCUGUAGCCGGAUUUACGCAGAAUAUGAUGGGGUCGCAUUUAAGACCUUGGUUAUUCGGGCCUCAAGGCGGUUCUGUAACCGCCACAAAUCACGGAGUUACAAACACCGAAGCUGACUUUGAUGUUGAGAUGAAUCGGUGGAUGGCGGCCAACGGAGACGGACAGAUGGAGGACCUCGACACUGUUAUGGAACAACUCGCGCGAGAACUGGAACAAGAGCAGCAACCAGAGGCCGCUACACAAGCAUCCAGAGAUACCACCGGCAGCUCUGUGGAUACUUUCACGACCUCUCUAUAUGUUUCUGUCCAAGAUGAAGCACAAGGAAUACAAACAUUCGAUGCUACAGCUUCAACAAACCAACAAAUACCCGGCGCAUCCUCGGUCCUUGGGAUUGAUGCCAUCGGAGUAUCAAAAAGAGCGAGUUUUCCAGACCACAUGCCUGACUUGGAACGUCUAGGGCUCGACGAAGCGGAGCAAGCAUCUGCAGAACAUGUCCAGUCAACAUCUGACAUUUCGGAGGCAGCGAGACAGAUACUUGACUCGGUUCAACAUGAACAAGGAGACAAAUGGAAGAAUUCUCGGUUCUUAUCACUGAUGAAAGACUUUCGGGAUGGAAACAAAGACAUCGUCAACAACGAAAUUCUCGAAACCAAAGUUGGCAGCGAGCGAAUCGGCCGGAAUUGA